GGACUUUACUCCCACUAUCUCCUUAACCUUUCCGAACAGGCCGAUGGAUUAAUUCGCUCCGCUUCAACGUACGGCGGUAUGCUCUAGCAUGCAUUUAAGCGCGGCCGGGUGAUGAUUCGCUUGCUGUGGGCUUUACUCGAACAUUGUUUGACACAACGGUCAACGUCCCGGUCUCUGACUGUGGGCCAAUCCGCCCCUACACAUCUCAAACAGACGUCGUGCCUGUCUUUAAUAGGGUCCCCAAAUUUACACCCUGAAAAUGCGCCCAUUCGGAAUCAUUGGGCUGCAGCUCCGAGAUACGAGGAAAGGCACAUUUGUGACGGGGAAACUCGUGACCCCUCAUCGGUGUCAGUGCCUCAUGCACAAGCGAAAUGGCGGUCGGGGAUGGUGUAAUUCCGCUGAACCUCAUCAUCUCGGUUCCCGAGUACCACGAGUAGGUUUAUGAAGGAUAUGGCUCUCAUCUGGAAGAAGUCCUAUCCUCAGACCCACAACUGUCCAGAAGGUCGGGGUGGUCUGAUAAAGUUUC